AUGCCGCCCCCAACCCCAUCGCCCCCCUCCCAGCCUGGCCAGGCUUUCACCAUCGCAGCCCUACUGGGACGAGCCUCACCCCCCCUGACCCCAAACCCAACCCCGACCCCAAACCCGCUUUUACCUCCCUGGGGACCCCUCCGGGACCCCAUCCCCGACCCCACAACCCCUCCCCGGCCGCUCUGCGCCGCCUGCUGCGGACCCCCCCCAGCCUGGGCAGCUCGCCUGGGUGCCACAGGCUUCCUCCUCUCCAAGUGCUGCUUGCCCAUCCUCAAGGCCAAGGCCAAGCGGGUGCGGACCACCUUCAGCAGCGAGCAGCUGGCCCGGCUGGAGCAGGAGUUUGCGCGGCAGCAAUACCUGGUGGGCGCCCAGCGGGGGCUGCUCGCCUCCACCCUACACCUCACCGAGGAGCAGGUGAAGGUCUGGUUCCAGAACCGCCGCAUCAAGUGGAGGAAGCAAAGCCUGGAGCAGCAGCAAGCCAAACUGGCCAGGAUGGGCGGCCACCCCACAGAGGAGCCCCGACUCACAAAACCCCGGCGGCGAGGAGGAUCGGGACUUCCCAGAUGGGGCCGAGGACCCCCGGGACCCCACUGCGGCCCCCCUUGCACGGACUGGGGCAAAAUGCCCCUGAGAUGUCCCCUUAGGGGGGGUUCGUCCCACACGGUGGGAAGAAGCGUGUCGGGUACCCGCCGGGCAGCGGUUAUUUUUGCAGGGCGAAAAUAAAUUAUUUAUGCGAGGCCGGGGUCGGAGGA